AUGUCUCCCAACAGUGAUAAUGCCAUGGCACGCUUCCUUUUCGCCAUCCUGAAGCAAAAAAACCUCAAAGAUAUUGACUGGAAUCAAGUCGCUCAAGACCCUGUUCUUCUGCAACCCAUCACGAACGGACAUGCCGCAAGAAUGAGAUAUUCUCGCUUCAGAGCCACCGUCACCGGCCACGAACCCCAAAAACGUGGACGCCAUGGCGAAAAGGACCGAGUGUCCAAGUCGUCCAAGAGAGAAUACUCCAAGAAGGAUGCCAUUAUCAAGUCAGAAUCUGGUGUGAGCCUUUCAUCUCUCGCUCAGUACUCGCCUGCUUCACUUCCAUCUCCGUAUCUCGGAGACCACGACGACUUCAGCGCUCGAUUCCUCACACCUUGCAGCGACGACAUGAUGUCUGUCCAUCCUGCUGCCAUAGAAAAGGGACGACACAGAGACUCCAACGCCUUUGCAUCCAUGAUGGAUGGCAACUCAGAUCUAUUCACAGAUGCAGGCAGUCUCACAAACUCUCCUGCAUUCUCAGCAUUUGAAGCUGCCUAUGACCUGAGCAGUUAUAGCGCUGGAUCUGCAGAGUUCCAAAGCCAAGAUGCCUCCGACCUCAGCGCUACUCAAUCGUUGAUAGGCUGUGGCCAGGAAUGGGACGAGCGAUUUCAUGACCCUCAGCUGUUUUGA